GGCGAACAUCUGCACCGGCCCUGGACCUCGCAUAGGUUGACUCGGCAUUAAAAUCAGUACCUGUCGUGGUGUGUCAAACAUCAACAGCCAGAGCAAGCAUCUAUGCCUAUAUAUAAGUGUUCGCUAAGAGCACUGCUUCCCAACAGCUUGUUCAAAGGCAAUACAGACGACGUAAGUAUUCGGGACCUAUUCGUCUCAACACAUGAAGGGGACUGCGAUCGUAACGUGGCUACAUCAUCGCAUCAGCUGCCAGCGCGUCCAAAACAAUUUGCUUUUCGCUAAUGCCCGAUCCGGCCGUGGAUCGCUAAGAAGCGAUUCUAUUCGGAGUAAAUAAUUAAACAAAACAAAUAAAGCCCCCGCCGCCGUGCAGGAAUAAAGGGUGAAGCGGAGCAGGAGGAGGAGAGGAGGUGGUGGAAGAGGAGGAGUCGUGAUGGCGGAUCCGGGCAAGACCAGCACUGGCAUAUUCGCGAAAAAUGCGAAGAAACGCAUAAGCAGAGCCCAGGAGAAGGUCCUGCAGAAGUUGGGAAAAGCGGAUGAGACGAAGGAUGUACAGUUUGAAGAACAAGUGCAAAACUUCAACAAACAGUAUAACGAGGGAAGCCGAUUACAGAAAGAGCUACGAGGCUACCUUACGGCUGUGAAAGCAAUGCAUGAAUCUUCAAAGAAGAUGAACGAAACCCUUCAAGAUAUUUAUGAACCUGACUGGCAUGGAAAAGAAGAUGUACAGGAUAUAUCACAGAACAGCGAUGAGCUCUGGGGUGAUUUUCACGAGAAGCUGGUUGACAACUCACUCCUCACUCUGGAUACGUACCUCGGACAGUUCCCCGACAUCAAGUCACGCAUUUCCAAACGUGGACGGAAGCUGGUGGACUAUGACAGUGCCAGACACCACCUUGAGUCACUGCAGGGCACCAAGAAAAAGGAAGAUGUCAAAGUAGCAAAGCCGGUCUUGCUGCUCGAAAAAGCUGCGCCUCAGUGGUGUCAGGGAAAAAUCCAGGCCCAUCUCAUUGCCCAGACAAACCUCCUCAAAAACCAGGCAGAAGAAGAUUACCUGAAGGCACAAAAGGUGUUUGAGGAGAUCAACAAUGACUUGCAAGAGGAAUUGCCAGUGAUUUUGAACAGCCGAGUGGGGUUUUAUGUGAACACAUUCAAGAGUAUCGCUGGCCUUGAAGAGAAUUUUCACAAAGAAAUUGGACAGCUGAACCAUGAGCUACUCGAUGUCAUGGUCAAACUGGAGGACCAGCACUCGAACAAGGCCUUCUCCAUCCACGGAGCUCCCAGGGACUCAAGGCCACUCAAGACACGCGAGCUGCCACCCAGCAUCGUGGAGCCACCCGCGGGCACCAGCCCAACGAGCGACGAUGCGACGCCGAGCCCCACCCAUGCCCCCACCCCUCACAAGUCGCCCAUGCAGGGCCGAAAAGGGCCACCGGUCCCACCACCCCCCAAACUCACCCCCAGCAAGGAGAUGACGCAAGAGGCCAUCGUCAACCUCUUUGAUGACAACUUUAUGCCCAACGCUGCCACCGCAAGCACACCCUUGGAGGUUCCCUUGUCCAAGAGAGCGGACACAGGAAGACUCCUCGAUCUGGAUUUUGAUCCCGUGAAACAAGAGCCCACGUCUCCAUCCGUAUUUCCACCGCAAAAGAACCAGUCUUUGGACGGUGCAAGCAAACAUUGUCCUUCUAAGAUGCCCAUCAUGGAAGUUGUGGCCAGUACUCCCACGCCAGUGGAGCUGACCCCGGACGAUGCGAGCUUCGGAUGCAUGGCAAACGUCUCGGCGGAGUGUCCCCCGAUUGCCAACGUCUCCACUCCGGCCCAGUCUUAUGAAUUUCCUCCAGGUUUCUUGUACAAGGUGCAGGUCCAGCACGACUACACACCUGUGGACAUGGAUGAGUUGUGCUUGGGCAGUGGCGAAGUGGUGCUUGUCCUGCCCUUUGAAAGCCCUGAGCAGCAGGAUUCGGGCUGGCUCGCAGGCAUCAAGGAGGCAGAUUGGAUCGCUCACAAGGUCCUUGAGGGCCACAAGGGCGUAUUCCCAGACAACUUCACCCUUCGCAUCGAAUAGACAACCAUUUUUAUCCCGUUGCUAUCUCGGGGGUCCAUUGUGGCGGGGACGGGGGAGGUGAUUUAAAUCCCAUCCACCUCUGCACGCAAUGGGACAUCUUGAGUAAAUGACCCGCCGUGCGUGUGCGCUUGUGUAACUGUGUGUGUGUGUGUAUUAUUGGUCUAUACCAUGGUGAAGGCUCUUGUUGUGCGUGAAACUUCGGACCCGGGGUUUCUGCUGCAUGUGGUCCCCGGACAGCUAGCAAGCGCGAGCUCGACAAACCCAUGUUAAGUCAAAGAGAGAAGCUUCUAAAUAAUCUGCACUGCUGUGUGAUGAUUAUAUUUCUGUCACGUUGACAGAUAUUUGUAUCAAAUAUGUAGUUUGACUGCGAGAUUUGGGUUUGUAUGACUUCUUAUUAGGGGCCGUCCUUAAAUGAUGUCACGCACCUGGGGGGGGGGGUGGGGG